UUACGUCGGCGCUGAAAGUGGUUUCCUAUUGGCUGGAGUGUGUGUCAGUUAGAGGGCCAGGCAAACAGGGUAGUGUGCAGCAGUGUCGGGAUGGAUGCAGCCACUCUGACGUACGACACACUGCGCUUUGGGGAGUUUGAGGAUUUCCCAGAGACGCCGGAGCCUGUCUGGAUCCUGGGGAAACAGUUCAAUGCACUAAAGGAGAAGGAUGAUAUCCUGUCAGACAUUACUUCACGCAUGUGGUUCACCUACAGAAAAAACUUCCAGCCAAUCGGAGGAACUGGACCUACAUCUGACACUGGCUGGGGCUGUAUGCUGCGGUGCGGGCAGAUGAUCCUUGCGGAAGCUUUGAUCCGCACACACCUGGGUCGAGACUGGAGAUGGGUAGCAGGCCAGAGACAGCGAGAGGAGUACAUCAGCAUCCUCAAUGCCUUUAUAGACAAGAAAGACAGCUACUAUUCCAUCCACCAGAUCGCUCAGAUGGGAGUCGGGGAAGGCAAGUCCAUAGGCCAGUGGUACGGCCCAAAUACGGUGGCACAGGUACUCAAGAAGUUGACAGUGUUUGACACAUGGAGUCGGCUGGCCAUUCACGUGGCUAUGGACAAUACUGUGGUCAUUGAGGAAAUCAAGAAGUUGUGUAUGCCGUGGUUGGAUUUUGAGAGGGGGGCGUGUGCGGAGCCGGGCGGACCCCCUGAGAUGAAUGGGUGUCUGGAAGGGGCGUGUGCACUGGCAGAGGAGGCUCUGUGGAAACCACUGGUUCUGCUCAUCCCCCUGCGACUGGGCCUCAGCGACAUCAACGAGGCCUACAUCGAGACCCUGAAGCAAUGUUUCAUGAUGCCUCAGUCUUUAGGAGUCAUUGGGGGGAAGCCCAACAGUGCACACUACUUCAUCGGCUUUGUCGGUGAGGAGUUGAUUUACCUGGACCCCCACACCACUCAGCCAUCUGUGGAGCCGUGUGAAAGCAGCCAUAUCCAGGACGACUCUUACCACUGCCAGCACCCUCCCUGCCGCAUGCAUAUCUGUGAGCUUGACCCCUCUAUAGCUGCUGGUUUCUUCUGCCAAACGGAGGACGACUUUGAUGACUGGUGUGCUCAUAUUCGAAAAUUAUCGAGCUGUAAAGGAGGUCUGCCCAUGUUUGAGCUGGUAGACAGUCAGCCGUCACAUCUACUCAACACUGAAGUACUUAACCUCACUCCAGAUUUCUCGGACUCGGACCGACUCGAGCGAUUCUUCGAUUCUGAAGAUGAAGAGUUUGAGAUCCUGUCUUUGUGAGGAAGAGGAGGAGCCUGAUUCUUUAACUGACAGCUCAGUGUUAGACUCCCCUCAGCGGAGGAACGGGGGUCCGAGAGGAGUAGUACCACUGACAUGAACCCUGCCUGGCAUUUUGUGGCAUAGGCACCUGCGUCACACAGCUUUUUGCUCUACAGCUAUACUGACUGCUCUCCGCCUCAUCCUGAGUAACCCUGAGGUCAGAGGUCACCGAGGUCGGGACGAGCUCAGUUUGUGCGUAUUCACAUUAACCUGUAUCCAUUUGAGUCUUAACACUUCGCUCUUUUCAGUGAUCUGGUGCCUUUUACCCUCCGACCCUCAUGCAGAUUCGCCAUAACUAAGCGUUCGGUGGUCAUCAGGAGCAUGGCUGAUCGGUUAUGAUUAUUUCGAGUGUGCUCUCGACCAAUACUGCUAAAAUCUGACGUCUGUAGCAACUUGUGAACGGAAGAUGAAUGGGAAGGUUACAGACCAAGUAGGUUAGCUUGUGUAAUACAGUCUGUUUAAAAUAUCUGUAUACAAGUUUAUUUUAAGAUUAUUUAUUUACCCAACUGUUCAUUUUAAGUAAGAUAAAACAUAAAUCAAUAAAAAAAAUUCUACAUGAA